AUGUCUGCUAAUGCUGUCGAGAUUCCAGCACCACAACCGGCUUUCAACGUUCGCGAAGAGAAGGUGGCUCAUGAGAGCCUUCAAGAGGAAGAAAAAUGGCCAAGACUCAAUAGGUUUCUGCGCUUCGCCGACGAGUAUUGGCUUCUGGAAUGGUUUGGCAUCUUUCUUGCCUUUGGUUCCAUUGCCGGCAUCGCGGCACUGCUAGGAUGGCGCGACGGCCGGCCGAGUCCCAACUGGCACUGGAAAGUUGGGAGAGGCCACCACACAAAGGAGGUUUCUAUCACGAUCAACACAAUCAUAUCCAUAUUCUCCACUGCCUUUAAGUCAGGCUUGCUUAUUCCCGUCGGUGCCUGUCUUGGACAGCUGAAAUGGAUCUGGUUCCAAGGUGGCCGCCCCUUGUCUCACUUCGCUGCCUUUGACUCGGCUGCUCGUGGGCCCCUUGGCUCGGUGGUACUUCUAUGGACUCUGCGAGGGAGACGCCUUGCAUGCUUGGGAGCUGUCAUCGUCAUUGCAUCACUGGCUAUUGACUUUGCACUGCAAGCCUUGGUCGUUUACCCACUUCGACCUGUCGAUAUCGGCAUAAUGGCAACUGUGCCGCGCGCCAACAAUUACGGGCCUCUUAUGCAGCCGGGCGAUGGACUCGAGCCCUCGAUGUAUGGAGCGAUUUUCGGAGGCGUGUACAAUUGGAAAGCCAACUAUCGAGUGCAGCCCUUCUGCACCACAGGCAAUUGCACCUUCUCUGAAAGCUAUACAAGUCUCGCAGUCUGCAGCAGUUGCCACGAUGUCACCAACGAGCUCCGGAAAACGUGCGCCACCCAAAAUUUCACUCAUACCUCGUGUGUCGAUGAUGACGUAGAGUGCGAGGACGUGCCCACAAUGGUCGAGCACACCUAUUGCAACUAUACUCUUCCUAACGGACUCGAGAUGAGUGGUCUCCCGUCAGCCAACUGGUCCUGGGCUGAGAUAGGCGGAAAUCUCGACAAGUCUGUGAACUUUGGUCGCCGAGGCAUUCUAUCGGUCUUCUCCACAAUACACGCAUCACGCGACACUGGCACUUCGGACGCAACGAUCUGGCCUGGUAGUAUCCAGGCCACGGAAUGUGGCCUUUACUACUGUGUUCAGAAACACACCAUAAACAUUGUCAACGGCUCGAUGACAGAGAGGCUUGUCGAUACGUACGAUGCCAAUCCUACCGACUACGACGAAAAUCCCGGAGAAACAGUCGUCUUCCAUCCUCCACGAUCUUGGACCAAUGUUAGCGAUGCUGCGUUCCUUGAUCCAUACGACAACACGCCCGUCGCCAAUGUUUAUAGAGCCGGCGGUUUGACUGACAUUCGCGAAGCCUUCCAUGACAUUUGGAAUGGAUCGAAAAGAGUUAUCAACGGUUUGACGGCUCCAUCUACCACUGCCCUAGCAGAUAUGACGUGGACUUGGGAACUGGACGAAUUCAGCAACUGGACACAUGCGAUUGCAUCGUCCAUGAACCUCAAUAUCCGCACCAAUGAAGCAGUCUGGGACUUCAAUCCCUUUCCCACGGCGAAUGGUACCACCUACCAGGACCAGCCAUUUAUAUCAAUCCGAUGGCCAUGGAUCACGUUGCCUGCAGUGCUUGCGGUACUUGCACUCAUCCUGCUUCUCUCGACGAUCCAUCUGUCUGCGAAGAAGGGGGCUCUUCCCUGGAAGGGCAACAGUCUAGCCCAUUUCUUCCAUCCGUUGACGAGUGGCGGUCGACACGCCAUCGCCGAGGCACAAACUCCUAGGCAGAUGCAAAGCAUGGCGGAACGUUUUCCUGUUCGCGUCCAGAAGACAGAAAGCGGGUUUAGACUCGUGGAGCAUGGCACUCCGACAGAGAUGUUGCAGCCAUCGAACCCCUUUACACCGCAAACGCCCACCUCGAGAGAAUCCCAGCAGAUGUUUGGCCCCGGUUCUGACAUGAGGAAUAGGAAGGGCGGUAAUGCUUGUUAA